CACUUGCGUCCAUUCACUUCAUCACUUCACCUUAAUUGUUCCCGGUUCGACCAAACACUCGACUGACAAGCGAAGCGGCCAGUUUGGUUCCUCCAUCAAACUCUCUCCGCGCCUCCUUUUCUCACCACACUCAACCGCAUCAACCACCAUCCUAAGAACCCAUUCACCUCGAUCCCCUCAAAUUCAGAUACUCCAGAUACAAUGCCUGCCUCCGUCCACUCGGAAGAUGCCCAGGAGCACGACCAGUCCAUGAUGGAUGUCGAAGCCGAGGAGCCCGUCAACCCCAUUCUGCUGGAUGAGAAGCGCAUCGUUGUGCUGCCUGGUUCUACCGAAACCUCUGCCUCUUUCCAGUUUGACGGCGAGGGCCACACCAUGGGUAAUGCGCUCCGCUACUCUAUCAUGAAGAACCCUGCUGUAGAGUUCUGCGGUUACACCAUCCCUCACCCCUCCGACGCCAAGAUGCACGUUCGCAUCCAGACCAACGACACCACCACCGCCCUCGAAGCCCUGGAGAAGGGCUUCAACGACCUCAUGGACCUGUGCGACGUCGUGACCGAGAAGUUCACCGCCGCCCGCGACCAGUUCAAGGAGGACCAGGUCAACCGGAUGGAGGGUUGAGCGUGUACUGGGCUGGGAAAUUCUUUCUCUUGCAUUGCAUUCAUGUCCGGAUUUGAUUGGCGUUUAGGGGGAAGCUUAAAGCUUAAAAUUUGAUUGAUUGUACAUCACUACAUCUACAUUUCCAUACAUGCCAUUUUUGGCGAUGACAUACAGUAUCUGGGAAAGUUUUUGGGAUAAAUGCACUGAUGCAGAGAUGUGUGUCAGGUAAGGGGUGUACCACCACGUCAUCAAGACUUCUGAUAGAGCUCAGAACUGGGUGACCCCGGCGUCAGCGGGUGAUCACUCGUCACUGCAGUGAAAGUCUGUCAAUUCUUG